AUGCCGGAGGAGCCAGAGGAAGAGGACACCAGCAGCGGUAUUGGACACAGAGUCAAAAUGUUUGAACAUCAUAAACAUAUCCAACAAGUCCAUAAACACCCCAUGUGAGUUCACCCUGAGUAAAGGGUUGUCUUUUGUCCACACCACAUGAUGUGAUGACUUUUACACCACUAUUGACUUUCAAAAGUUUUUUUGCACCCUGAGACUUAGAGAGUUUUUCAGCCUUGACACGAAUACCUCCAAUAUUUUGAGUGGCACUGGCAACACUACUGAGAAUUCCACUGAGAUGCCCACUGAUAGUGUCCCUGUCACCCAGAUAAUCAGUGGCAAUAUGACUAAAAAUAGGAAUUCAUCAUUGGAAACUUAUUGCAGACUGGUUGAAAAAGCUGUAACCCAAAUAAUGACUAAAAGAAGGGAGUAUAAGACAUUCAAUAAUCUCCCCAAAGAACAAAGAGAAGCUUUGAUUGAAAUAAAAAAUUAUACCAAUGUGAUAGUCAAACCUGCUGACAAGGGGCGUGCCAUUGUGAUUCAGAAUCGUGUAGACAAUGUGAAUUAGGUCAAUAGGCAGCUGAUGAACACCACUUUUUAUAGACUAUUGCCCACCGACCUGACAACGAUUUUCAUGAUACACUACAGUGUUUGUUAGAUAAUGGUGACAUAACCAAGGAGUUUGACAUCAUGAAGGUUGAUAGUCCCGUUACUGCUGUGAUCUAUACCCUGCCUAAGAUUCACAAAAGGCUUGAUCAUCCCCCAGGAAGGCCCAUAGUUUCUUCUAUAGGCUCCUUGACCAAGAAUAUAUAA